CUUUUUAAAGUCACGAGACGACGUCUGACCCCAGCUAGCUAGCUAGCUAGCUAGCUUUGUUCUUUCAAUUGCCAUUCACACUCACUCGUCAGACACAGUCGAGAGAGAGAAGAGGAAGACUGAUCUGAUAGAGAACUUUCAAAAGGGGUGGGUGUGGGGCUCUUCCUUUUUAUUGUCCUUCACUCUCUCUCAGAGAAGAGAUCCCCACACACUCAAACUCUAACUAGCCCUCCAACAAUUUGCAGUCCCAACUGGAAGUAUUAUUAGUGAACCCCCUCUCCCCUCAGCCUCAUAUUCUUGUUUUGGGUUUGCUCUCUCCUCUCCCUCCUCGUCUCCAUAAGCAUUGAUUGAUAUAUAUAUAAAUAUAUAUCUGGGAGAUAGAUAAAAAGAAAGAUAAGAUCUUUGUCACCCUCAAACAUUUUCUCCUGUCCGUGUCUUUCUGUGUCGUCGACGGUACCAAACAUGAGAGCCGAAAACAACCCGCUUGACCUCAACAACUUGCCCGAAGACUUCUCCCGAGACGGCAAUAAACCCGUCUUCGAAGCUGGCAGCUCCUCUUCGGCUGGGUGCAACAGUCGGAAGAAGAAAAACAGCGGGAAGGACGACUGCGAGAAGGUCUACGAGUGUAGGUUCUGCUCCCUCAAGUUCUGCAAAUCUCAAGCUCUCGGGGGCCACAUGAAUCGUCACCGCCAAGAGAGGGAGACAGAGGCAAUGAACCGGGCCCGUCAGAUGGUCUUUGGUACCGAUAACAUAGCCGUCCCUCGCCACCUUAGCUGCCAAUCCCUAGCAGGAGGCUACCCCCCUCUUCCCAAUAUCGGAGACCCGUCCCUCCCAUUCCGAUCAGUCUACCAACCUCCUCGGCUCUAUUCCAGCGCUUCCUCACCCUCAGCGCCCACCCUGCAGCAAUCUCCACAUCUGCCUCCACAACAGCCACCGCCAUCACAGUCGGCUUACCUCUACCCAUCGCCCUCCCGCCUAGUCUCCUACCCAUCACAGUACCACUCCCCUAUCCCUCCACACUCCAUGAACGACUACUGCGUGGGCCAUGUCCUGAGCAGCGGCGCCAAUGGUACCUAUAACUACGGGUCGACUGGAGGUGGUCCCGACUCGAACUACACAUGCAUUGGUGCUCCGGUCCAGGAUCCGCCGCUAUCGAUGAAUCGGUUUCAAGAUCAUGGCUUCUAA